GGAAUAAUGGGCGGUGGCCUAACCGAAGUUAGGGAUUUCGACCUCAGAGUCAGAACACUCCCUCCAGCCACCGACCUCGUGCACCCUCUGAUGUGCUCAUUGCACUCAUUGAUUACCCAUGUCACGACGACCUGUGGGACAAUAAAUCAUGUCUGAUUGAAGAUUCUAUUCUCCCACAGGUUGACACUACCGCACAUUACAAGAAGUGAACACUUGUUCCUACUACGUUUUCGAAGAAGGACUCUUCCAGUGAUCCUUGGAAUUCCUGGGUGCGUACGAGCGCCAGUGGUCAGUGGUAUUCUGGUGGGCAGACAAGCGUUGGAGGUGGAGAAUAGAGGUUCUUCCACCUCUCCUCACCAACUGCCUAUCACAGUGGCCCUUCAAUGAUACGGACAUGGAGACCGACCUUAGUACGUCCGCGUCCAUCAUUCCAUAGAUGCAUGCACUGCAUGGUACAAUGGCACUAAAGGAGCGUCGCCGAAAGAUAUGUAUUGCGGAUCGGAUAUUGGCCGUGCUUAUCGAAUCCACAGGAAGUGUACAAAAUUAGGACCUAUGUAUUCGCCCCUCGUGAUCUUUUCUCCCAAAGCGUUUAUAAAUCGACUCAGCCUACCCUGGUUUCUCCCAUUUCUCUCCAAGACCCGCACUGGCCGGCUUUACUCCAAACUUACCCUCUCAGGCAUAUCCGGACGUGCAAACAAACGUUCUAGUGGUCUUUUUCUUUUCACCGUCAUUGCAAUGAUGUCAGGACUCCCGCCUCUUCCGCCAGACGUGGUCAAAUUGACCGGACCGUUGUACCUCGGGAGUGUACUAAACUGGGCACUGUUCGGUGUACUCAGCGUUCAGACCUACCUUUACUACCUGGGUUUCCCAAAAGACCGCUGGAUACCGAAAGCACUCGUCGCGUUCGUUUAUGUAUUCGAAGCUCUGCAGACAAUUCUCUCCAUGGUCGAUUGGUGGCGGUAUUUUGGGUCUGGAUGGGGAAAUAUCGUUGAUUUUGACACUAUCGGGAUUCUGUGGUUCAGUGGUCCAGUAAUGACUAUCAUCCUGAGCUGCCCCGUUCAGUUCUUUUUUGCGUGGCGGAUGUGGAUCAUUGGUCGCUCUCCGUACUUUCCGAUCCUCACUAUCCUGCUGUCGUUGUUUCAAGCAGCUGGAGGGAUAUGGACUGGCGUUCGAGCUGCUCAACUUGGUCAUUGGACACUUCUAGGAGGGGAGGCCCAAGUGCCCGGGUCGAUAUGGUUGGCAGGAACUGCUGCUUGUGACGUAGUCAUCACUACAGCCAUGUUCUACUAUUUGAACAAAUCCAAGACUGGGUUUCGCGCCACGAACACGAUUCUCGUCAAGUUCAUCCGACUCACUGUCGAAACCGGUCUGAUCACGACGACGUUCGCUAUCAUUGACUUGUCGUUGUAUCUUACUUUCCCGCGAGAUAACUAUCACCUUGUCCCUAGCACAUGUUUAUCGAAGCUUUACAGCAACAGUCUCAUGGUGCUCUUGAACGCGCGAAUACGCAUACAGAAUGGGCGAAGCAUUGGGUAUUCGACUACCGAUGCAACACUGUCGUGGCACGCCUCUUCGCAGUCCGACGCUCCGAAGCGUUCAAAUUUCUCCAGUAGUAGGGUGAUGGACGUCUCAAUGGAUACGACAACAUUGGACAUGGAAAUGUCCGCUGCAAAACCGAAAUCGGAGGAAAAUGAACUUGUUUACUAUGGGUCGAGGACGAGACUGUGAGCUUGAUAUACUAUGUAGUUAUUAUGGAUUAUGCUAAUGAGUCAGGUGCAGCUUUUCCCGGC